CAACAGUUCAACAGCCCACUACAAAGCAUCAACCAUCUACUACUACUUCAUCACUUCAUCAACUCUUCAACACUCAAAAUACUUCACAUCUAUCCUUCAAACCAACCACCCACCAACAUCAACAUGAAGCCCUUCGCCGCCAUCGCUUUCGGCCUCGUCGCCGCCGUCUCCGCCAUUCCCACUCCGGCUGCCAGCGUCCCUGCCAACGUCACCUUUUCCCUCACCAACGAUCUGACCGGUGCCAACGCCGCCGCCACUAUCCCAGGCAAUGGCGUUGACGUCCCGCUAGUCGACCUCUUCCUCGGCACCUCCGUUGCCCCCAAUGGCCAGAUCCUCGCCACCAGCAUCCAGUUCGUGACGCUUCCUCCCAAUGUCUUCUCCGCCUGCGUCUUCGACCUCGACGGCCGGGCUGUCGUCAUCAACGACAAGAAGACCUUUGCUGAUAUUGACGGCAACCCCUAUGCUGCUAUUCCUCAGCUUCUCAACGGGGUUACGAUCAACUGCCAGACUAAUGGAGUUGUGGCUUAAGUGCCUUUUGGUGUAUUGCAUUGCGAUGGUGGAGCGGGGAAUUGCAUUUGUUUUUGGCACAGCAUCUAUCGGUUGCAUUGCAUAGCGCUGUGGUUUUUGUUGGGCUU